UGUAUGUUUACUGUGUCCUAACUUUUGUUUUGUUUUGAUAUGCCCAAGUAGCCUUGGUGUGUGAGCUACUUUGGUAGUUCGCAUCUUUGAAGCUCUCACAUGCUGUCUUCAGGUGGUCAGAGCUACUAGGUGUGUGAGCCCAGGAGUCUAUUCAUUUUUCUUGUAGGGUGUAGCAUAAGUGUCCAUGUUGUCAGUCACUAAGUGUGUGGUGCAGACUCUCACCUACAGUCCUAGAUGGGCAGAGCUGCAUAGGGGUGUUUGGAGCAGGCACAGUUAUGUGGCUGCAGUAGGGGGCUAUGUGUAGAGCAAGGUAGGUGGCUGAUGAGUGCUGCCAGGUGCCUAGGUGGACGGCAUGUCCUUAUCCCCUAGAGUACGUAGUAAGGGUGUUUUGCAGCCUGUCCUUGGGUACCUGGUGCUGUUGGUUGGAGGGACUUGGAGGCACCACUUGUUCUCCGACCCCUGUUGUGGAUGGCUAGAUAGAGUGGAUGGUACUUCCAUCCCUCACUUCCCUGGAGUCGGUGAGUGAAGCCCCUGCUUAGGCACAGGGUGGUGUCAAAUGUUGCAAAUCUGCAGCUCCCCCUUGGCUGCUGCAGUUGAAUUUGGGUUCAGAUGUAUGCCCUGUUGCUUUAUGCUAAUGUAAGCAUGUGGUUUUGAAUCAUCCCACACAGGUCUGGGAAGAGUGAAGGACACUGCAAGUCCGUGGAUCCCUUAUGCAGGUGGCAGGGCAAAGUGGCCAUGAGACUGGUGUGGGCACAGAGAUCCCUGAGUUACUAGCUUAGGGGACGUGGCAGUUGUUGAAUACUACCGGACUGGUGUCAGAGCGUAGCAUCAUGGGAGGUAAGUUAGGGGAAGGAAGCACUUCUUUACUGUGAAAUUCUGGGAGGAGGAGGGGUCAUUUUGCCCCUGCGCGGUAGGUUAGAAGCUUGCACUUAACAUUCGCAGGUCUGGUGUCGACUACUUGGUUCUGGAGGUGUGUGCAGAUUUGCUGCUGCUUGACUACACCCGAUGCGCUCUACCUUUGUUUCCCACUUUUCAGCUUUGGACACAUAACUGAAAAAGCAACAGAAACCUGAUUUGUCCAGGUUAAUCAUCCCUGAAGAGUGGAGGAUCCACUGUGCACUAAAGCAAACCUUUCUUCUUGUGAGCCAAAAAAGAAAAAGAGCCUAUUCAAACACCUGUAAAAAAAGAUGGCUAUCAUGAUAUGGGAAUUUGAGGAGCUGCUUUUUGGUACGUUCAUGAUCCAAAUGAGAGAGGAUCAACUGUCAUGAUAUCCCAGAAGGCUUUAUAAUAGAGUAAACAAGAGGCAAAAGUUAUAACAGCUUGUCAUCUAUUCUUGCACGCUAGACUUAGUUAAGAAAAAAACAAACAAACAAAAAACAUUGCCAUCAAGUCAAUUUCAACUCAUAGUGACCCUAUUGGACAGAACAGAACUGUUCCAUAGGGUCUUCAAGGCUGUAACCUUUACAGGAACAAACUGCCAAGUCUAUCUCCUGUGGAGUGGCUGGUGGGUUUAAACUGCCAACCUUUUGGUUAACAGAGGAGCACUUAACCACUGGGACACCAGGACUCCAUUCUAUGUAGUUACUGUAGACAAAGCCAAAGCAAAUAUGCAGACAGUUCUUUGAAAAAUCCUUCAAAUCAUGUGCACAGAUUCAGACAGAUUUGAUAAAAGUAAGUUAUUUUACACAUCGUCUUUCCAGCCCAUCUAUUAUUAGUCUUUAAAAAUGAGAAGCAGUUGGCUGUCAAUUUAGACGUUGAACCACCAUCUGGCAAAGAUAGUUUGUCUACAAAGAAACAUGCCUACUAAUGACACGUGCAGUGGGCCAGAUGAGGAAAAUACAGAUUUUCGGUACUUCAUCUAUGCGGUGACAUACACUAUUAUUCUUGUGCCAGGUCUCAUAGGCAACAUAUUAGCCUUGUGGGUAUUUUAUGGCUAUAUGAAAGAAACGAAACGGGCUGUGAUAUUCAUGAUAAACUUAGCCAUUGCUGACUUACUACAAAUUCUCUCCUUGCCACUGAGGAUCUUUUACUACCUAAAUCAUGACUGGCCAUUUGGGCCUGGACUCUGCAUGUUCUGUUUCUACCUGAAGUAUGUCAAUAUGUAUGCAAGCAUCUACUUCUUGGUCUGCAUCAGUGUGAGGCGAUUUUGGUUUCUCAUGUACCCCUUUCGCUUCCAUGACUGCAAACAGAAAUAUGACAUUUAUGUCAGCAUUGCUGGCUGGCUGAUCAUCUGCCUUGCCUGUUUGCUCUUCCCUCUUCUAAGAACCAGUGUUGACAUCCCAGGCAACAGAACCAAAUGCUUUGUGGAUCUUCCUACGAAGAAUGUCAAUCUGGCCCAGUCCGUUGCCAUAAUGACUGUUGGCGAGUUGAUUGGGUUUAUUACUCCUCUUCUGAUAGUUCUGUAUUGUACCUGGAAGACAGUUUUAUCAUUGCAAAAUAAAUACCCUGUGGCCCAAGACCUUGGAGAGAAAAAGAAAGCCCUGAAGAUGAUUCUAACCUGUGCGGGAGUAUUUCUAAUUUGCUUUGCACCUUAUCACUUCAGUUUUCCUUUAGAUUUCUUGGUUAAGUCUAACAAAAUUAAAAACUGUGUAGCCAGAAGGGUGAUUCUGAUAUUUCAUUCUGUGGCCCUGUGUCUUGCUAGUCUAAAUUCCUGCCUUGACCCAGUCAUAUACUACUUCACCACUAGUGAGUUCAGAAGACGACUUUCAAGACAAGAUUUGCAUGAUAGCAUCCAACUCCAUGCAAAGUUCUUUGUGAGCAACCAUACUACUUCUACCAUGACAGCUGAAUUAUGCUAAAAAAAAAAGAAUGUGGCCCGGAGUGCAAGUAUAUCAAAACACAUUUGCAAUAGCCAUACCACAAAGUACUCAGAGAAAGUGUUCAUAGUUUUUCAGUUAUCUUCUAUCUUACUUAUAUGGGGAAUUCACAUUUCAUAAUAGAACCUAUUUGGAGCCUUUUUUGGCACCAUUAUCUUCUUGACACAUUUUUGUAAAAAAUUUGUCAUCAAGUCUUUAAGACUUAAAGUGUAAAAUUGCAGGGACAUCCUAUACACAUAUGUUCUCAACUAGAGUUAGUAGCUUUAUCUGGGAACCUAAGGCACAGAAAUACUAUUAGCUUCAGUUGGUGUUUUGAACCCAACCAGAGGUGCCUCAAGGGACAGACCUGAUGAUCUGUUUCCGAAAGGUCACAGCUUUGAAAACCCUACAGAGUAGUUCUACUCUGCACACAUGGGGUUGCCAUGAAUAGGAAUUGACUCCACAGCAAAUAAUAACAACAAAAACAUCAUAAGCACUUAGUUUUGUUACAAAGGACAUUCAAAAAACAAAAUCAAACCCGUUGCCAUUGAGUCGAUUCUGACUCAUAGUGACCCUAUAAGACAGAGUAGAACCACCUCAUAGGGUUUCCAAGGCUGUAAAUCUUUAUGGAAGCAGAC